UUGGCGGGAAGGCGUCCUGCCGCCUUCCCUUCUCCAGGCUUUCUGGAGGCUGUUAGGGGAAGAGCCGCUUCUUCCUGCCUCCCAGGCUGCCCAGCGCUGCCGGUUGCUGGGGAACGCAGGCGCCGUGGAAGGUAUGGCGGGAGGACACGGCUUGGGCGCUGGGAGCGGAGCUGGAUUGGUGAAGAACUCGGGCUCGUCAUGAAACAACGGAAGGGCCUGGGGCCUGGGGGCGGUCGUGGGCGCAAGAAGAGAGGUUUGAGUGACAUUUCUCCGUCAACAAGCCUCCCUCCUCUGGUUGAAGGCCAGCUACGCUGCUUUCUAAAACUUACUAUUAAUAAAGUUGUCUGGAAGAUUGCAAAGCCUCCCACUUGUGUGCUUGUCCGAGUGAGAUGGUGGGGAGAAACAUCCGAUGGAACCCUCUUUUGUCCCAAGGAUGCGUUGCAGACUGAACCAAGCACCGUGAGAACAACCACACGUUACGCUAUUCGCUGUGGUCCAAAGCAGUUUACCUCUUACCUAACAGAUAUGGCUGUGUUGGUGCUGGAAGUAAUCACCAGACUUGAUCAUCUUCCAGUUGGUAGAGUUGAAAUCAGUGGACUAGCUCAGCUUUCUCCAACCCAUCAAAUCAAUGGAUUUUUUACCAUUGUUUCACCAACAUCUAAAAAACUUGGAGAGCUCCAGGUCUCACUUGCCCUGGAGCCUCUGUCAGAAACUUACAACAGCUACAAUCCUUUUCCUACCACUGACAAAACAGAUAAUGUACUUUUUUCUGAACGUGGAUUCAGAGAGGAUGCUGAACCCUGCAAUACCCAGUUUCUGGUUCCGUCACGGCCCCAGAGGAUCCCUACCAUCAAAGCUGAUGGCAAGGAGUUGGCCGCCAGCAGCAGUAGAUCAACCACUCCAAGAGGAAAAGACCACUUGUACUUCACAGAGAAUUCUGAGACAAUGAAGGACUCUUUCUUUGGACUACAGCACCAUCUUAAUUCAGGACACAGUUUAGAAUCUGUGACCCUGAAAGGCAGAGCUGCACAGAAACAGAUGUCCCUUCUCAGUAGUUCUGAAUUCCAGCCUCAAACUACAGCUGUUGCCAAGAGUCGUAGUGACUCAUGCAUUCUUUCUUCAAACCACCCGCCUACCAAAGACCUUCUUUCAGCUCUGUUAGAACAAGGCAAUAAACUGCGUAAUGCCAUGGUGAUUUCGGCAAUGAAAUCAAGCCCAGAUACUAGCAUGCUGUUAGACAAAGCUCCUCCUUCUAUGAUGGAAGAGUCUAUUAGAGCAUCAACACAAAUGAGAGCCUUUCCACAGAAUCAACUUAAGGAUCACUUGGAGGAUCAUCUCCCUUCUGCAACUGAGAAUACAUUUUGGAAACAUGACACAAAAGCUGAUACCAAUGCCAUACAACUGCUAUUGGGAAGUGCUAAAUUAUCCCAGGGUCAUUUGUGGGAUGGGCUAGGCUCUCCUCCGGAUUCCCCAGCUCCUGGGAGUGACGCGUAUUGCAGCAGUGAGCUGAAUGACCCUCAGUAUGACCAGAGUCUCCUGGAGAACUUGUUUUACACAGCACCUAAAUCUGACAGCAGCAUCAGUGAUUUCCUCAGUGAAGAUGAUGAUGGUGUUCCUUCUAAAAAAAUGAACCAGUCAAAAGCUGUUGCCAGAUCUCCUGAGAUUCUGGAGUCAAGGGAUCAGAAGCUAAAGAGAGCAACAGGCAAGAAAAAUCGAAAUCUGGUUGAGCAACAAGUGCUCUCAGAAGCUCCAGAAGAUGCUCAAGCGAUGACGUUAAGUGUUGAUAGACUGGCCCUUCUGGGUAGAACACAGUCAGUCAGAAUGAUCAUCGAAACGAUGCGAGUUCCUCCAGAUAGUCCUCAGGUUACCCCUGGCAAAAAGAAUGAUGCUGGAAGACCACUUAAGCUGACAACAGCAAGGAAGCGCACUUUCUUUGUGGAAUAUCACUUUCCUGUGGGCUUUUCCAAAAGUGGAUCAGGAAAGACAGCUUUGAUCACUGAAGUUGUUCGAUUCGCAUCCAGUAAAAUUGCAGAUGGAAUGGUGAAAUUCCAGCAGCGAUUUGUGUUUCCAGUACGGUUUGGUGGCCCAAUGAUACAGCACUGGUGGAAUUCCAACCUCACUUUCCAAAUUUACGCAAAGAAAACUCCACAGAAAAAGCCAGAAGUCAUUGGCUCUGCAUCACUUCCUUUGCGAGCUGUCAUUCAGUCAGAGCUGCUUUCUUUCAGCGACCAACUUCCAGUGCAACAUGAAAAUGAUCAGAUUGCACUUGGCCCCCUGAAGGUAACCGUGGAGCUUGUUACAGAUAACAAAGAUUUCACUGGUGUCAAUAAUAAACUAAGUAGCAAUAUCCAACAUACCCCACAUUGUGAACCUGCAAGUCCAGAUAAGAUACUACCAGAAGCUAACCAAGAUAUUACCUCUACCAAAAAUGUAAAGAACCUAAAUCAAAUUUACGAGGAAACUACAAAGAAGGCACAGAAUUUGGUGCUCCCUAACCCAAAAUCACUGAGCCCUGUAGCACCACAUCCUUCCAACUUGAUGAUUCCACCAGCCUCCCAUAAUUUAGUGAGUCGGACAAAUGGGCCAGCACAAGAAGAUGCCUUGCUGUUACAUGUGCUAUUGAUGGUGCCAGAGGGGAAAGAUUUCACUCUUGGAGAAUCUGAAAAACAGGCAUCAUGCAAUGUUUAUUUAAACUGCAAACUCUUCACAGAAGAAGUCACCAGAUCUGUUAUCGCUUGGGGCACCACACAACCAGUCUUUAACUUUUCUCAGGUGAUUCCUGUCUCUCUGUCUUCCAAAUACCUGGAUAGGCUUAAGAACAACGUGAUGGUAAUUGAAACUUGGAACAAGGUGCGGAGCCCAGGACAGGACAAGCUGCUCGGGCUGGUGAAACUCCCCCUCCAUCAGUUUUACAUGUCAUUCAAAGAUCCCAAGAUUUCUCACCUGCUGCUUGAAGCUCAGUAUCCAGUUGUUGCUGUUGACAGCUACAUGCCUGUGAUUGAUGUGUUCUCAGGCCACCAAAAUGGAAGUCUUCGAGUCUUUUUAGCUAUGGGUUCUUCAGACCAGAUAAUGGCAUUACAAAGAUUAAAGAAUGAAGAAGGAACACUCCCUCCGUUCAGCCCUAGGCCAGCCCAUUUCCUGGACCAGCAACCUGUAGCAUCUGUUGCUAUGGCAGAGGACCAAAGAGAUGGGUUGAUGGAGCACCACUUUGAGUUCCAUGUGGAGAUGCUUAAAGGGCUAGCCCCUCUUCAGGCAACAGUCUGGGGAGAAGCAGAUUGUUAUGUCCAGUACUACUUUCCAGUUCAAGACUCACAAGCUAGUGCUCUAAAAGGACCCGAGUUCCUUGAAAAUGGAAUUGCUUUGAAGCCCUUCAGAACUGCAACCACGCUCUGUGUUCCAGAUCCCAUCUUCCACAGCGAGCACCAUCACACUCUCCUGUUGCCACCUGAAGUCCCAGUGCAAAGGCUCCUACUAGGAGCCUUCUCUGCAAAAGGGGUCGUGCCUGGAGGUGGAGUCCAGUUUGAAAUCUGGUGCAGAUACUAUUAUCCUAAUGUGAGAGACCAGAUGGUCGCCACAGGAACACUGCCGCUCUCGAGGAUCUGUGCCAUGGUAACCACGCAGCACCGUGAGGAUGUGGGAAUACAGACUUUUAAUCUCCCUCUAACCCCCAGGCUCGAAAACAGGAAGGAACUGAGGAACCAAUCAGCAGGUUUACUGGAUGUGGGCCUAAGGUACAGGCGUAGCCUAAGAACAGCAGAGGGAAUUCUUGCUGCCCGAACUGUCUCCAUCUCAGUACAGAUCAUCAGAGCCUGUGGUCUGCAAGCAGCAGCCAAGGCUUUGGCUGAACAGGAACCUGCUCUGCAGUUUAGUGCCUCAGUUGGAGUCAAUGCCUCUGUCACCACUCAUCUCUCCUUCCUGCCCAAGGGAGAACAACGCCAGACCCGCCCUGUGGCCUGCUCCUUCUGCCCUGAGUUCUCCUACCACAUGGAGUUCUCAUGUAACUUGGUAACUCAGCACUGUAGUGGAGAGGCCUGUUUCCUGGCAGAGCUAUUGGAGUUUGCAGAAAUUACUUUUUCUAUCUAUCAUGAAAAUACCAAGUCAGUCAGUGAUAUAACCAGUAUCCAGUCAUGCAAAGAGUAUCUGCUUGGAGUUGUAAAGAUUCCUACAAAAGAGCUGCUGAUCAAGAGAUCUGGGAUCACGGGAUGGUAUCCUGUCAUUUUACCAGAAGUUGGGGGCCCGCCUCACGGCUUGGAACUCAUGCACACGAUUGUGGGUGGUCUGGAGCUUUCAGUUUCCUUUACCCAUCCUGGAGAUAGAGAGCGGGUAUUAGAAGCUGCUGAGCUGUUGGGCUGGAGCUUUGAAGAUAGCCUAAAGGAUCUUGUCAAGAUGGAUGAAGAGGAACCAGCCACUGUCACCAUCUCCACUCCAAGGCUGUGGCUGCCCAUCCAUUGUGUGCUGCUUCCUGGCCACAAGCACACUCACAAGAGCACGUAUUGCUACCUUCGCUAUAAGCUCUAUAACCUUGAAGCCUUUUGGACUCCCCUCAAGAAGCCAAAGGAAUCUGAAAACAAAAAGCAGGUCAUGGUGACUUUCAAGGCCUCCAAAAGAGCAGAAGUCACCAGGGGCCCCUCACUGCUUUGGUAUUUUAGGGAGGAAAGGCUAGAGAUCCAAGUCUGGCGAGCUUAUGGCAAUGAUAGUGUGGAGAGGCCGCAUCAAACUGACAGCUGGAUUGGUUCAGCCUAUGUGGACCUGGCCAGGCUCGGGGAGAGGUCAGCACGGACACUCACUGUCAGUGGUGUGUAUCCUCUGUUUGGACGAAAUGCUUCCAACCUCUCAGGAGCUGCCUUGCGAGUUCACGUGGUUCUUUCCUCUCUUUCCCCAAACCCUGAGCCUACUCGUGAACUGGAUUCCAUGGACUGCAGCAGCCACAGUGAGUCUGAGCAGCUCCUCAGAAGGAAUGAUAAGAUCCAGCUCACUCCACCUUAUGGGCACCCAAAGCUUCCUGUCCCCACCCAGAUCCCCUGCAACAGCACCACUGCUGAAGUAUGCCUGGCUCAGGAGGGCUCUUCUGAAUUGGAUGAAACUUUUGCAGUCAGCAUCCUGGUAGAAAGAGCAAUGCACUUGAGCUUAAAAGGGAGUCCCUUGACAGAGCGGAAAGUUCCAGUACCCAGUUGUUGUGUAUCCUUUGCAACAGCUGAUGAGCCAUCACCCAUAUACACCCCCGUGGUUGGAAACACAGAUUCCCCUAUCUGGAAUUUUCAGCAGCAAUCAAGGCUAUCGAAAGAACUUCUUCUGGACCCAAAGCAAACCCUAGUCUUCAAGGUUUGGCAUAAAGGAGAUGAGGAGAGGGUGAUUGGCUUUGCCUCGGUGGACCUCUCCCCACUUCUCUCUGGCUUCCAGUUUAUCUGUGGCUGGUACAAUAUCACAGACUUCAGUGGAGAGUGCCAGGGCCAGAUAAAAGUUGCUAUCUCACCUUUGGAGAAUUUGAUGCGCUUCAAAGAAGAAAGGCAAGCAAGACGUGGGGUAGAGACUACAGGAUCACUGAUCCCAGUGUACAGUCCCUUUUCCUUCCCUGCCUCUGAUAUGUAUGCGGCACUCCCCGGCUGCAUCGCAAGAUCAACUCCAGACCAGCCUGCUCACAUCUCUUCAAAGGAACUUGAUUUCUCCUCACCUAGGAAAAGCGGGACCACAAGAAGCCAGGCGUCACGCCAUGAAGAGCACGUGCAGAACAUCCGCCGGUUUCAUGAGUUCCUGCAGCAGGGAGAGGCAGCCUUGCCAAAUGAUGACAAAUCCACCACAUCACCUCUGUCCUCCAACACCUCCAUUCUGACUUCUCUCAGGAAGAAUAUGAGUGAGCUAGAUCAGAUCCAGCGGUACUUCAGUCAGAAGCUCACCAAGCCCUUCCUACCCCUCAGCCCUCAGACUCCUACCACCAUCUCAGAGUGCCAGGAGAGCCCCAGGGACAAUGCUGGGCCAGGAGCCAGCCGCCUAGACCCUGAGAGCAAGUGCAUCCUGGAGAAAUCCAACAACCUGGUGUUGCAAGUCAGCUCCUUGAUCACGGAUCUGCAGACUAUCACCAGGAACUCUCAAGCAGUUCUGAGUUCUCACCGAGCCAGGAAUAGAAGCAAAGAGGUCACCACCCUCCCAGAUUUACAGGACGCAGAAGCCUUGCAAGAACAAAGCCCAGCUCCAGACGAGCCGAUGGCAAGAGCUCCAGAUGCAGGCACAAAUGCCCCACCUGCCCCUGUUCCUGAAAAGACUUCAGACGGAAGAGGACUGCUCAGUGAGUCCCUGGGGCGUAUGGUACCCAUUACAAGGAAGCAGAGCAGUGAGGACACUGAGGCAGGCCCGGCCGACAGCGAUGAGGACUAUGAGGAGGACAUCAUCGAACCCAGGACCCUGAACGAGAUCACCACCGUGACAGACAGAACUAGCCCUUGGUCCAGUUUCAUGUCAGACAUAAGCGAGAUCCCCAGCCCUCGGCCUGACGAGGUGCCGAGGAGAGGGCCCUCUUGCCCUUCUCCAGAGCCUUUCCCCAGAGAGGAGCUCAAGGGCAGAAGUGGCGUUCUGUCUGGCCCAGAUAGGGCUGCCAGCCCUCCGAGGGAAGAUCCCGCUGCUUGUGAGAAGGAGACCUCCACAGGCGAGGUUAGAGAGCCUGCCUCAGCCAACCCUCGACUUCUCCCAUGCCUGAGGCUCUCAGGAGCCAAGCAGAGCAGUACGUGUGCGGGGUGGCGCUCCCCACGGGCAGAUCAGGACAAGGAGCCCAAGCGAGAGGCCCAGGCUGAGGACAAGGCUGCCUCCAGUGAGCUCAGUGACUCUGCUGACAGCUUCGAAAAGUUCCCUCUACAUCUAGUCUCCCAGAACAGAAGGGAAACCCCCAAGGGGCCACCUGUGCACUCCCCUGACACCAGGCAGAAGCAGGAAACAACUGGCCCAGAGGUGUCCACAAGGCAGAGCCACCUCCUCCCAGAGCCCAUUGUGGUGCCCAACUUCUUUCUGCCUCCCCAGCAAUUGGAGGCCUCCCUGCGGAUGCUCACGCUGUCCACAGCUUUGCCACCGGCAGCCACAGCUGCUCAGGACAAGAGGGAAGCCGCCAGAGGAGCCCUUUCCAGAAGGCCUUGUCGCCCCAGGCCCAGCUCACUUCCUCCCAGCCUGCCCGAGGAGGAGACACGCAGGAUCGCUCGGAUCUUUUCUUCCCAAUGCUCCCACAAGGACUCCUAAGGCCCUCCCUCGGCCUCGGCCAGAUCUGGUUCCCUCAGGCCUGGGCCCUCAAACCACCGCCAGCCCAGUCCGUGGGUGCCUUGAGACCCAUUCCCAGACUGCAGGGGAGGCCCGGCACAGUCCAGGGCACCUGCCAGGACUCCGGCUUCUUCCUCCUACAGUGAGGCAGUGGUUCUAGCACUCACGGGGCCUACCCAUCUUUUGACCAAGGGACCCUGGCAGGCGUCUUUGCAGCCAAGAACCUCCUGCCAGCAUCCCUGACUCAGUGGGCUGCUGACCUGAGCCCACCCCUCUUCCUCAACAGGACAGGGCCCUCGGUGCCUUAAAGGUUGGGAGGGGCUGUGGGUCGUGUGCCUCAUGCCUGCCGAGGGAAUCCUGGAGCUGCCUCCAGCUCACUUGCUUGGGGACAAGGGGGCUUUGCGGAUUGAAACUGUACUCCGUGUUGAAUGAGUGGGAGAGGAGGGGAGACCGCCUCCUUCAGGCCUUUGUAUGUGAUUGUCUGAAAUUCUAACCAUGCUUUUAACUUAUUAUUUUUUUUUACUUAGCUUUGAAGGUCAUUGUUCCUGUCUUUGU